AUGAAUAUGCUAAAUAGCGCACUCAACAAGACCUCAGUCGACUGGGCAACUAGACGCGCGAUAAUUGAGCAUAUGUGGCCAACAACUAUAUCCUCCGGACUACGGAAGGACGACCUUGACCUUGAGCCUUAUUUCAGAUAUUACACCAGACAGUGUCACGAUGCCUUAGUCGACCAUGGACAACAUGUCCUAGCUAGAACUCACCAGGAUAUCAUUGACAUCGCAUGUCGAUUCGAGGACCAGAAUUCUCGGGACACAAUAAAAGAAGGCUUGAGGUCAAAACUCUUGAAGCCGGAGCGACCUAACGUAGACAAUAUACUAGACGGAGCAAUAGAUCUGGCUGCCCGGUUGCACCUGAUGAUUAACAUUUCUUACGCCAAACUCUUCAUUUCCGGUCAACUACAGCUGAGCUGGGAGUCCGGAAGUCUGAAAGACCUCCUGAGUAAUCACUUCAGCGAAGCUGUAAGACUUGGCAAUGAUGGUAUUAAGCUAGAUCCAACAUUUACAGCGACAAACCUGGAGUCUAUCGCUGGCAUUCAGAUCAAACCUACGGACAAUCUUGUAGAUCAUCUGCGCUUGAUAGAUAAAGAAGAUAAGGUCGUUGCAAUCUUUCACCAUGCUUCGUUCCUCAACCGGCAAACAGGCACUGUACUACCACAAGGUCUCAAGGAGGAAACCUUGCGAACAUUAUCCCUGCUGUUCCCGCAACAUGAUCGGCAAACUCGACAUUGGCUCAAAAAGCAGUCUGGUCGCUUCGACGAUAUGCUACAUCGUUGCGACCCGAUACGGCUCGAGGAUCGCCAAAUCGAAAAGUUCCAUUUCUGGCACGACCGACUGGUCAUGCUCAAGCAAGCUUUCGAUCAAUCUCGACCUGCAACAAUGUCUCAGUGGUGGUUCGACCGACGAAACGGUGUUCAAUGGUACACCUUUUGGAUUUCUGUCCUUGUUCUGCUUUUAACGAUUAUCUUUGGUAUAGUUCAGAGCAUUGAAGGGGCGUUGCAGGUUUAUAAGGCGUAUCACCCAACACAACCUGUUAGCCGUUAA